AUUAGUAUCAACUUAGUAGCAAGUCCCCAACGAAGUUAGCUAACCGGUUUUAUCGCAGAGUGUUAGAAUUAUUGUGAAAUAGGAAUCGAUAUCGAAAAAAUGCAGAAGGCAACCGCGUUGCUAUUAGCCGUGCUUUCGGUCCUGGCCUUGUUUGCCACCAGUACCCAAGGCAAGGAUUGGUGGGAGAACGGAAAUUAUUAUCAAAUCUAUCCGCGUUCGUUUCGUGACAGUGAUGGCGACGGUAUUGGUGAUUUAAAUGGUGUCACUGAGAAAUUGCAAUAUCUGAAGGACAUCGGUUUUACAGCGGCUUGGCUGUCGCCAAUCUUUAAAUCACCGAUGGCCGAUUUCGGUUAUGACAUCUCCGAUUUCUAUCAAAUUCAUCCAGAAUAUGGCACAAUGGAGGAUUUCGAAAAUAUGAUUAAGAAAGCCAAAGAGGUGGGCAUCAAAAUUAUACUCGACUUCGUGCCAAAUCACUCCAGUGAUGAGAAUGAAUGGUUCAUCAAGUCGGUGGACGGUGAUCCAGCAUACGCCGACUUCUAUAUUUGGCAUAACGGCAUCGUAAACGAAACCACUGGCGAACGUCAGCCGCCCAGCAAUUGGGUGAGCGUUUUCCGUUACUCUGCUUGGGAAUGGAACGAUGUGCGUCAACAAUACUACUUGCAUCAAUUCGUCACCAAACAGCCCGAUCUCAAUUACCGCAAUCCAGCUGUUGUCAAUGAAAUGAAGAAUGUUAUGCGCUUCUGGUUGGGUAAGGGUAUUGCGGGCUUCCGCAUUGACGCUGUACCUUAUCUCUUCGAAAAAGAUUUGGACCGCUACAAUAACUACCCAGAUGAACCAGUCAUCGAUGAUGUUAGCACAUGCCCCGAUCCCGAUGACGCUUGCCACUUGAAACAUAUCUACACGCAAGAUCAGCCCGAAACCCUCGAUAUGGUCUACCAAUGGCGUGCGCUCGCCGAUGAGUUCAAGAAGGAGCAUGGCGGCGAUACACGCAUUCUGCUCACCGAAGCUUAUACCAGCUUCGACAACAUGAUUCUUUAUUAUGGCAAUGGCAUACGAAAUGGUUCGCACAUUCCUUUCAAUUUCGAUUUCUUAACAAACCUCCAGAACGACACCAAGGCGCCGACGGUGGUGGAACACAUCGAGAAGUGGUUGAAUGCGAUGCCUGAAGGUGUGAUCGCCAACUGGGUAUUGGGCAAUCACGACAACAAGCGUUUGGCCUCACGCUACGGCGUGCAACGUGCCGAUCUCUUCAACAUUCUGCUCCAAACAUUGCCCGGCAAUGCGGUGACCUACAAUGGCGAAGAACUAGCUAUGACUGAUGUGUAUAUUAGCUGGGAGGACUCCGUGGAUCCACAGGCCUGUAAUUCAGAUCCUGACCGUUACUACGAUUUAUCACGCGAUCCUGCGCGCACACCUUAUCAGUGGGAUGCAUCACCCAAUGCCGGUUUUACCUCUGGUGACCACACUUGGCUACCGGUGUCCGAUGACUACAAGCAGAACAACGCUUUGGCUCAACAACGUGCCCCACAAUCGCAUCUGCAGAUCAUGAAGAAGCUCAUACGCCUGCGCAAGGAACCGUCAUUCCAGGAUGGCGAUUUCAACAUCAAGGCGAUCGACGACGAUCUCAUCAUUUACUCACGCCAAAAAACUGGUAGCGAUCUGUAUGUGAUUGUCCUGAACUUGGGCAGUUCUAAUAAGACAUUAAACGUCAACACUUACUACUCGUUGGGCUCCAAAGCGGAAGUGAUUACGACCUCCAUGCAGUCGCAAUACGUUGAUGGCCAAAUUAUUGAUCCCACACAGUUUAAUGCCGAGCCCUACGUGGGCACUGUCCUGGUGGCAGCUUAAUGGAGUACUCAGUCAUUAUGAUAUAUUUAUAGGAUAAGCAACAAAAACCACUCAGUAUACAUGGACAUCAAACAAACUAAUUUAAGAUUUAUCAUAUAUUCAUAUUUAUAUUUAAUUAGCAAUAUUUUCAAAUAAACAAAUGCAACCAACAUUAAGAAAGGA